UAAACAGUUAACUUAGGUUGGCAACCUCGCUGCAAGACACGACAGCACAUCAAAACAACACUUUUUAGGUUAGACAGCAGAGAGAAAGUUCAUAGAUAAAGCAGUUAUUAAUUGCUUGCUGCAGUACCUUUGCUUGUAGGGUUCGAGCAUAAAUGUUCAGUAAUUAUGUCGUCCGACGCAGUUCAAGUUAGUUCCUUGCCCUUGCCCCCUAUGCAAUAUGUAAGUCAGUACACAGACGAAAUGAUUCGUAGGGGCCGAGCCCCCAAGCCGCCUCCUCCAAUACAAGACACAUAUCACAUGUUUGGCAAUACUUUUAACACCGAGGAAAGCAUUAUACGACCUUUGGAAAGUCAGGGAAUAAAAAGACUAUACCCCCAACACUUUGAUAGGCGACGAGAACUGAAAAAGCUGAAUCUGUCAUUGUUAGCAAAUUUCUUAGAUUUGCUGGAUCUGUUAGUGAAUUGCCCAGAUUCUCCUAAACGAACUGAAAAGGUUGACGACCUAAGUUUACUGUUUAUCCAUAUACACCAUUUACUAAACGAAUUUCGUCCCCAUCAAGCUAGAGAAACGCUGCGGGUGAUGAUGGAGCUACAAAAAAGGCAAAGGAUUGAGACAACUAACAGGUUCCAAAAACAUCUUGAUAAAGUAAAGGAAAUUCUGCAACAAGCAGUUAGAGAUCUGCCGGAGCCGAUGGACCUGGAUUCGAAAAUCAUGGCCGACGUCGAUCUGAUAACGAAACAUGAUAAAAUGGAUGAUAGUAACUCCAAUUGUGACCCAUGUGAUAUUAGGGACCGAAUUAUGUGCAGUAUAGUGGACAAUAUGUAGAAAGUUUUUUCUUUUUGUAAAAUUUCAGCAUUUAAGAAUGUAAAAAUCACCUGCA